CCAUGAAUUCCGCCAGGAACCCCAAUUUCUCAAUACUGCUUGGACCUGGACAACAUCAUAGACUUUCCCGACUGCGCCCACGUCCCUCUCCUACCUCCAGACGAAGACGAAACUUGGUAUACACUCUGCGAGGUUUCUCGUUUUCUUUGAAGUCUCCAAAAAAAACACACAACAAAUUUCCAGAUUGUCGGUGAUAUGUCAAUGUUCGGAAGACCGGUGUAUAGGGUUGAAGAUAAGCUCCCGGGGAACUACUGGACUGUUGCGUUCUACACGGACGAUCUAGACCAGGAUGCGGAAGAUCUCAAGUGCGAAGUUGGCUCGACGAUGUGUAUCAAGAACUCGAGGCUGCACCAGUUCUUUGACGGUCAGGUUGGGUAUCGGAUUGAGGAUGCCUCUACCGUUACUGUUCUUCCAUGUACUAUCGCACAAUUGAGGACACUCAGCUCAGGGCUGCGUCAACGCUCCGACGCGGGAAAUUUCAUGUCCACCGCUGCACGGCGUGUAAAUCACGCUACUGUUCUCAGUCUACUAGGACCUCUUAUGCGCGGGCUCUUCCAGCAAUGCCAGCGCCAGGAUUGGAAGGAGCACAGGGUGACUUGCAAGGCCUUGAAGGCGCUUUUGGAAUGGAAUAUCGUCUUUGCUUGA